AUGGAGAAGACGGUGUACAACGCCCUGCCGAAGCUGCCGGGGUUCAGCUUCGCGGAGCUCCACCCCCCGGCAACGCACUUUCGCCGUCACUACUGCAGCAUCCGAGACGGAACUCGGAGCGUACUUGACGCCCACGCUGCCCGGCGGAGGGGCGAUGAUGACGGACAGGGCGGGGAGUGCGGCGGUCUGAGCCGCGCGGAGAUCCUCGCCAAGUUCCCGGAGUGGAAGUCGCUGGACGACAAGGUCCUUCGCUUCUUUGCGUACUACGUGGAGCGUGUCGACGAGAGCAUGGUGGAGCGAAUGCGUGUCAGGAAGGUUAAGCUCCACUUUUACCUCCGUGAUGGAACCCUCGUCGUGGUGGAGACCCCCGCCGUUGUUAACAGCGGCCUCCCCGCUGGCACAAUUGUCUCGCGCUGCAAAAUUGACGGCGUGGACUUCUUCUCUCUCUACGUCGGCUCCUCCAUCCGCGUGAGAGGGCUGGAGUACAUAAUUGUUGACUGUGAUGCCGCCACGCGUGACUUUUGUGCGGCGAUGGGAAUGACGCAGCCCGAACCUUUCGGCUACCCAGAAGAUGCCUUCGAGGGCAGCGUCAGGGUGGAGAAGGCCCCCAUGGAUGAGCAGCAUGUUGCCAUGCGACGCGCCAUGGAAGUUAUUGCGGCAACUUCCACAGGCGCCCAUGCCACGCUGCUUUCGCCAGAGGAACGCAACAAGGCCCGCAACUUCUUCGAGCAUGAUCGGGAGGUGCUGCGUUUCCUUGCAGUCUGGGAGCAGCGCCUUUUUAGGUUGCAGUAUUACAUCGCCGAUAAGACGAUUUCUGUUAUGCUGGAACACGCAAGGAACGAUGGGCGCGAUCCUAACCCUGUCUUCAUUCGGCGGACUCUUAUCCCUAAAGAUCCCAAGACUGCACUACGCGACACCGAAACACUUAACGUUCCGCUUGGAUCGCCCGUCGCAUACAUCACCGACGAAGACUUGCGGACGGGGCAAACCGUCAAUCUAUUCACAAGAGACUUCUACAUUUUUGACUGUGAUCCCUACACUCGGGAGUACUACGAGGCGAGGGGCAUUAAACAACCCGCCUUCCCAAAACCACCCACUGAGGCGGACAUACUUGCCCCCACUGCGAAAGCACCGCCGCCAACGACGACGCAUUUGCCUGGUAUAAAGAGUGUCCAGGGUGCUUCAACCAUGGUCUUUGAAGACACAGCCGGUCAGAAGGAUCGUCUCAAGCUUACUCGCUACACAAACGAUGUUUUCCGCUUUGGUGCUCGACGCGUGAAUCCGUCUCCAGAGGACGAGGGUCGAAGGUUUCUCUUUUGCUAUUACCUCGCCGACGACACAGUGUCGCUGUUCGAACUUGUCGUGGCUAAUAGCGGGCACGUUGGUGGGAAGUGCUUUGCCCGUUCUGUUGUCCCAGAGAUAAAUGAACCCGGCAAGCUCUACGUAGGGGCCAAAGUGAAACUGGCGGGGGCGACGUAUGAACUUACCGAAAUGGACGAGCGGACCAAGCGAUAUCUCGCGAUGGGGAUGCCUAACAUGGAGGAGAGCUACUUCCAUACCCAGGAACUUGUGGAGCGUGUGCGGCACGUCGUUCUUAACCGCUUCUCAGGCGCGACCGACGUCUUCCGCAGUUUUAAAUCCACAUCGGACGGAUUGAAGCGAGAGGAUGUGAAGCGACUCUUUCUGGAAUGUGGCACUCGUCUGGACGCCGUCGAACUGGACCGCGUUAUGGAGCGGCUUGACCGGGACAAGGACGGCGUUGUCAGUUUGUCAGAGCUUGUCGAGAACCUUUUGCUGCAGCAGUUUGUUUCAGACUUCGUUGCAAAGGGUGAAGCGCGGGACGGUAUCGAAAAAGGCCCUCUUCGCUCGCUCCGAAGCCUCGAAGCGAGCAAAGCGGCGGCGCGGGAGGGGGAUGAGGCGCUGCGAAGGCUAAUCUCGCAAAGCGAGGCCCGUCGGACCCUUCUCAUUCGAGCCUUUAGAACGACUUCAAACAACACCUACGACGGCCACCUCAGCGUUGAGGACUUCAAAUGGACACUGCGAGAGCGACUGAAUCUUUCACUGACCGAUAGAGAAGUGGACGCCCUCACCUUCAAGUUUUUCUACGCUCCGGGGUCGGUGAACUGGACAGCGAGGCGCUUGCCAGUAAAAGAGAUUAAGCGGCUUAUCAUGCGUUAG